AUGGCUAAUGAAAAUGCUAGAAAUGAAGUAAUAAUUCACCCUAUAAAACUUUUCAAAGUUAAUAAAAUAAAAUUAAUACAUAAUUUUCAGCUUUGGACUGUAUAAUAACUCAGUUAACAGAAAAUUUCAUUGGCAACAAAAAUAAUUCAUUAAAUAACUCAAAAAAUCUUGAUAAAACUACCCUUGGUUUAUUAAAAGAUAAUAAUUCUUCUGUCUAAGAAAAAGUUGAAUGAAGAAGAACAAAAUAUUAAAAAUCUUAGAGUGUAUACUUUUAAUGUUUUUGGACAAAUUUAUUCAAAAUUUGUUCAACCAGAUAAUGAUAGAUAUAAGUAUAUAGAAUUUUGUAAUUAUUUUGAAUUAUUGGAAAAAUGUAAAAGUUUGUCAAACAUGCUUCAUGAUAACAAAAAUACUACAGUUUGUUUAGAAGAUAUAAAUCAAGAAGAGGAUUUAGAUUCUGAAAAUGACAACUAUUUAAUUUCAAACAAAGAUAAAGAUAAUGAUGUAUCAGAAAAAAAACAUAAAAAAAUCAUUGAAAUCUUACUGUAA